AUGGGUGACCGACGGCCGUCCUUCGGCUCCAAGUCGAUGAAGAAGUACGGGGGGGGUGGCGCGCCACGCGUGUCGGACGCCGCCAAGACGGAGAAGAUCAAGGCGGGGGUGAUAAUGUGGGAGGGCAUGCCACCGCAGAAGCUGACCAAGGGCGACCGGCUGGAGCUGGCGACACAGGAAGGCAAGGGGCUGGUCCGGGUACGCAACUGGAAGGGCGGCGACGCGGGCGACAUCCUGUUCACGAUGAUGCUGGGCGACAUACGCAAGUGCGAGGAGCCGUACAGCUUCAAGGAAAAGGGCGUUAACCUGAGCUCGGGGUCGGUGUUCGGCAAGGCGGGGCGGUACCUGGUGCUGGAGGGGAUGAACGACCAGCGGGCGCAGGUGCGGAUCGCCUUCACCAUCGUGGACCCCCAGGCCUGGAUAUCCGCGUUCGGCCUGUUCCCGGAAUUCAAGGCGUCCCGGUGA